AUGAAACGAAACGUGAAAUCUUCAAGUGUAAUCACUGUGCUACUGCUCGUGGCAGUGGCGCAGGCUGCCGACCACACUCUGCAGUUCAACACGCAGGACGUUAAGGCUGUGGUCCACACAGCAACUCGAGAGCUUACGGUGGAACGCAGAGGUGUAGUAGUUCAACGGAUUCUUCUGGGGCGAGAUUUGGAACCGACGGUGAACUAUGAGGAAAUAGCAAAUGGAUUUAAGCUAACCAAUAGCAAUGGAGAAGCAAUUGAGUUUACGAAAACGAUCGAUCAGAACGAGUUUUCCCUGUUGAAAAUAGCUAGAGCUACCAGAACACGUUCCCAAGUGGUCGAUUGUGUCCGGAUGAGUGGAUCAAACUGGUUUGGUGGUCCCCAGCAAAAGUACCAGUAUUGGCCGAUACAGAAGCUACGUUUCGAUGAGUAUUCAUUUUUAACGAAAGAGGCAGACAAUUGCGCUGUAGCCGAUCGAUACUGGCUGAAUUCAAUUGGAUCCUUCAUCUAUGUGGAUGAUGAGGCGCCACUGUUCAUUGAUCAGAACUAUGGUGAACCUGGCUAUAUGUGUCUGGAAGUGAAAAAAUCCUUGCCGUAUGAUAUUCACGACCCAACUUACUCGUUUAUUUACCAAAUAGGUGUGGCCAGCGAUUCGAAGAAGGUACAUAUGGAGGCCGUGAAAAACAUUUUAGGUAAACCAUCCGGUCAUCCUGCCGAAGCAAUGGUGAAGUAUCCGAUCUGGUCAACAUGGGCAAAAUAUAAGAGAGACAUUGAUGAAAACGUGGUGUUAGAAUAUGCUGAUCAAAUCAUCCGGAACGGUUGGCCAAACAGUCAAUACGAAUUGGACGAUGAUUGGGAGGUUUGUUAUGGUGCACUAACAUUUAAUAAGAAAAAAUUCCCAAAUAUUCGGCAAACAAUCAGCAAUAUAAAGGCGAAGGGCUUUCCCAGGGUAACGUUGUGGAUUCAUCCAUUCAUCAACAAGGUCUGUGAACCGUGGUAUUCCGAAGCCAAACGCAAGGGUUAUUUAGUUGCAAAUUACAGUGGAAACACAGAAACGCAAUGGUGGAACAGUGUAAAAGACGAUGCUGCAUACGUGGACUUUUCUAAGCCGGAAGUAGCCGAAUGGUUCUCAGCCAGAUUGCGAGCAAUUUUGGCAGAGAGCGGAAUUGAUAGCUUCAAAUUUGAUGCCGGUGAAACUAGCUGGAGUCCUCCGGACCCUAUUUUAAAUGGACCACGCUCAAAACAUCCCAAUGUGAUCGUGGAUACGUACGUAAGAACUGUCGCUAAAUUUGGUGACUUGGUGGAGGUUCGAUCAGCUCACCGUACCCAGGAUCUGCCAAUUUUCGUUCGGAUGAUUGACAAAGAUUCUGAAUGGAACUGGAACAAUGGAUUACCAACAUUGGUUACCACGCUACUUCAGAUGAAUAUGGUCGGCUACCCGUUAGUCCUACCGGAUAUGGUCGGUGGCAACGGAUACAAUAAUCAUCCGCCAAACAAGGAAAUGUUCAUACGUUGGCUUCAGGCCAAUGUUUUUAUGCCUAGCAUUCAAUUUUCGUACGUUCCGUGGGACUACGAUGCGGAAACCGUCACAAUUUCGAAAAAAAUGACUAAUCUGCACGAGGAGUAUACGCCGAAAAUCAUGGAACGUUUCAAACUAGCAGUUUCCGAUGGUUCCCCGGUAAAUCCUCCGAUAUGGUGGGUUUCCCCGGACGAUAUCGUAGCACAAAAAAUCUACGACCAAUUUCUUCUGGGUGAAGACAUCAUAGCAGCGCCGGUCCUUCAGGAGAACGUACGCUCCCGGGAUAUCUAUCUUCCGCAAGGAACCUGGACCGAUGGCAACAGCCAAGCCGUGCACACCGGACCAAAAUGGCUUCGCAACUAUGAAGUUCCACUCAGCAUGCUACCAUACUUUGUACGGAAAACUAACUAA